AUGAAGCGGAAGAGCGAGCGGCGGCAGAGCUGGGCCGCCGCGCCCCCCACCUCGCGGCGCGGCUCGUCGACCUCGCGGAGCGUGAAGAAGAGCCGCAGCUCUGCGUCGCAGGACCUGCGCGGUCUGGAGCAGGAUGGCCUGUACCUGGACAUCACCGAUCGCCUUUGUUUUGCCAUUCUCUACAGCAGACCAAAGAGUUCAUCAAAUAUACAUUAUUUCAGCAUAGAUAAUGAACUUGAAUAUGAGAGCUUCUACGCAGAUUUUGGACCACUCAAUCUGGCAAUGGUUUACAGAUAUUGUUGCAAGAUAAAUAAGAAAUUGAAGACAGUUACAAUGAUAAGGAAGAAAAUAAUUCAUUUUACUGGCCCUGAUCAGAGGAAACAAGCAAAUGCUGCUUUCCUUGUGGGAUGUUAUAUGGUCAUAUAUUUGGGGAGAACUCCAGAAGACGCAUAUAGAAUACUAAUGUUUGGAGAUACAUCCUAUAUUCCUUUCAGAGAUGCUGCCUAUGGGAGCUGCAAUUUCUACAUUACACUUCUUGACUGUUUUCAUGCAGUAAAGAAGGCAAUGUUAUAUGGCUUCCUUAAUUUCAACUCAUUUAAUCUUGAUGAAUAUGAAUACUAUGAGAAAGCAGAAAAUGGAGAUUUUAACUGGAUAAUACCAGAUCUAUUCAUUGCCUUCUGUGGGCCUCACUCAAGAACCAAACUUGAAAGCGGUUACCACCAACAUUCUCCUGAGACUUAUAUUUCAUAUUUUAAGAGCCACAACGUUACUACCGUUAUUCGUCUGAAUAAAAGGAUGUAUGAUGCCAAACGCUUUACGAAUGCUGGUUUCGAUCACUAUGACCUUUUCUUUGCGGAUGGCAGCACCCCUAGUGAUGCCAUAGUCAGAGAAUUUCUGAAUAUUUGUGAAAAUGCCGAGGGUGCUAUUGCAGUACAUUGUAAAGCUGGUCUUGGACGAACAGGAACUCUGAUAGCCUGCUACAUGAUGAAGCAUUACAGGAUGUCAGCAGCUGAGACCAUUGCUUGGGUCAGAAUCUGUAGACCUGGCUCAGUGAUUGGGCCUCAGCAACAAUUUUUGGUUAUGAAAGAGGCAAGCCUCUGGUUGGAAGGUGACUAUUUCCGUCAAAAGUUAAGGAGUCAGAAGAAUGGAAAACACAGAGCAGCUGUCACAAAACUCCUCCUGGCUGUUGAUGACAUUUCCAUUAAUGGGAUCGAAAACCAGGACAAGCACGAAACUGAACUGUACAGUGAUGACGACGAAAUCAAUGGAGUGACUCAAGGUGAUAGACUUCGGGCUCUGAAAAGCAGAAGACAGUCAAAAACAAACGCUAUUCCCCUCACAGUAAUUCUUCAGUCCAGUGUUCAGAGCUGUAAAACAUCUGAACCUAACAUUUCUGGCAGUACAGGCAUUACUAAAAGAACCACCAGGUCUGCUUCAAGAAAAAGCAGUUUUAAAAGGAGACCAGGAAUGGUAGCUGUAGAAGACUCAGGAAGAGAAACUGGCUUCAGAGAUGGAAGAUUGUUGUAAAUGUCUCCUUUUGUGAAUGCCCAAACUGCCCACAAUUUGGUUGCCUGGUCAUACAGAUUAAAAUCCUAUUACUUUCCUUGCAUUGAAAAAAAUCACACUGUGGGUAUUUUCCCUUAAAAGGAGUGAUAUCCUAAUAAUGGUAGCUUUUGUUUUUAAAGUUAUGGCUUUGGUAGCCUGUGACAUUGAGAUUUUUUUUUUUUUUUCGUCAUGUGAUCUGCCUGAGGUCAUUCACAGGUACUCUUUGUUUUCAAUGCCAGUUAUUCACAUCUGGAUUUCAGUUGUUUGUAAAUAAGAAACUCACUGUUGCCUUUGGUUAGGGAAUACAACUAAUAACCUUUGCAGAGUGCCUUCUCCCCUCAACCCUACAGAACCGUAGCAGAGACUGAUAUAAAGCAAUUGCAAAAAAAAUUUAUUUGCUGCUAAGAAAAAAAAAAAAUGGGGCCCAAAAUAAAAGAAUAUUUUGCAGUCCCCUUGAUUACUUCCAUAGUAAGAAGUGUAUUUCUGCCUAUCCUAGUUUGGAGAAUGUGGGGAUAUAAUAUGUGAAAGGCAACACGAGAAAAGCAAAUGCCUUCACAUUACAAGACGGUAGGCAAUUCCAUUAAAAAAAAAAAAGAAGAAAAACUGCCUUUUUAGUAAAACUAUGAAGCAUAAGAAGUGGUUGGGAUAGAUUAAAGUUGUUAGUCCAAAAAGUAAUUGGAAGGCCAUGACUCCAUUUUGGAAUUGACUCUCUUGGGGUAGAUUGUGAGGUUGACUGGCUUUGAGGGGAGAUGGGAGAUGCCAAACAAAUAGCUCUUCCCCACCAGGCACCACCACGGAGGUUGGGUCAGAGUAGCUGUUAAGCAGUGGGGACUGGAUAUCAGAAAAAACAGUGGUUUUCUAUUCCUGGAGGCGAAUAGACGUAAAGACCCACUGGCUGAGUGAAGAGUGCGCUUCCGUAUGCUUUGGGUGAGGAGAAACAUUCCAAUUACUGUGUGCUGGGAGACAAUACGAAAUAUUCAAACUGUGCCCAGGCAUAAAACAUUGAAUUCUCAGGGCAACUCUUCUUCCUGUUACACUUUUAAGGCCAUCUCCUGUGUUAAUAAUCCAGGUAAUUGUGAAAAUCAAACUUCCAUCUGAACUUUUUUGAUUUGACUUUUUAUUAGGUCAGAAGGAAUAACAUGUGCUGCCUCCCUCCCAGUGAACAAGCCAUUUAAUUUCUUGGCCAAGAGUGAAAAAUUUGGGCUUCACUGUUAACCACUACAUUUUAUUUUACAAAUGCCUUUUUGUGUUGGCUGCUCACGUUUCCAGCUAGAAUUGCUAUCACUGUGGCUCUUUCUAAAAAUCCUUGUAUUUAACAGGCUCACUGAAAUCAGUCAUAGGAAACUGAUGAAUUAUAAAGAAACAUUCCUUGGAAACUCACGAAGGACUUGGGAUAACACUUCAAAUGUAUCCCUAGCACAGUGCUUUACUUAUAUCUAGAAUCUAGGUAGUAAGGUAGUCCCUGGCCUUGACUGAUGGAACAUUCUUGCUGCUGUAAGAGUGGGUUUCCCGGGCCCCCAGUUGUAUGUGUCAAUAUGCCAAGAAUCUUCUGACAAUCUUAACUUUGAGUCUUUGCUAUGUAUUAGGAAACAGCAUGUCAGAUAGAAAGAAAGAUUCCGCUAACUACAGAGGCUAAAUAGCUUUGAAGGUAUACCAAGACAGCUUCCGUGGGAGUUAAAAUUCAAAAUGAAUAUUGAUUGUACACUUGAAGCUCUGGGGGGACUCAGAUUAUCAAGAGUCAGGGAUAGUUGGAAGGAAGUGGGUCCCUAGAAGUAGAGACAGACUUCUGUUUUGUAAUGCUGGAGAAAAAGUAGAAAUCUCUCACUGCAGGUGGACAGGAACUGGUCCUGAGCAGUGCCUCACUGAAGCAAGUAGCCUUACUUGCCCGAAGCUGCUUCCUAGUGACAUGCUGCUCCUCUGGUCUCCAAAAUUUUUCUGUCCUGAACUUGAUCCCCUUAGCUUGUACCCACCCACUUCCUUCCCUGCCUCCACCUAAGAGGGUUAUUUCUACCUCUUUUCUCAGGCCCAGACACAUUUUAGAGGCAUUUUUCAGUGUUUCAAGAGGUAAAUGCAUUUGCCCUUGGUCUCUGAUGCCCCGUGGUGCACCACAGGGACUGGCAGGCUUGCUAGGCCAGGCAGCUGUGCGGGGCUCAGGGGCUCGCCUUUGCUCGAAUCACUGGUCAUGACCAGUGAACAGUGUGCUCCUUUAAUGUUCCAAAAGUAGCCUUGCUGCUUCUCAUCAUACAGUUUAAAAAGUAAUUAUUAAAAAAAAAAAAGGUAAUUAUUGUAUUUUGGAAAGCACUACUCACCAAAAACAACUCUAGAAACUUAAUUCUUUAGUAUAUGUUUCCCACUGAAGCUGCCCCAACCAAGGCCAGUUGCUGCUCUUACAUGUCUCCCAGGCCCGAGUAUUCUCCAUGUUGCCAAAUGGAAAUACUACAGAUGUGUUUGAAAGACUGGACAACUCACCUGUACUGUGUAGGAAAUUACCUCCUUAAUUGCCCAGUAGAAUUAACUGUCAGCAGACUUGUUCAUCUGAUUAUAGUACUGCAGUUUUAUAUUAGUAAUUUGCAGAUUUAACCUGCACUCAUGUACAGAUUAUUAUGUUUUAAAAUGUAACUGAUUAACCAGUAUUUGAUCUAUUGUUGUCUUGAUUUUUUUAAUUAAAAUGUAUAUUUCUAAUCAUAUUUUAUAAAUCCGAGAGAACUGGUUGAAUGAACGUUUAUUUUCCUGAAGGUAUUUUUAAGAUAAAGCUUCCAUAAUGGCCUGUAAACUUGGCAUAUCUAUGUAGUUUGAUACAUACUGUUACAUUUGAAAAUCUGUGUAUUGUAACUGGUUUUCUAUAAAAUACUGACGAGUGAAAAUUGUAUGUUUAUCAUGUAAUUAAAAGUAUUAACCAA